ACCACAUUCAACAUGUCUAAAUUAUAAGAUACAAAUAGAAAAUUCAAUAAUUCAAAAUAACGAUGGGUAUAAUUAUAAUAAUAUAAUUUUCUACAGGAAACAUUAACAGCCAAUAUCAGAAACAAAGAAAACAUUCAAGUGAAUAACAAAAUUACAGUCAAAAAAACCAUCAAAAAGUACUCAACAGCCCUCACCUUUGAAAAAACAAAGCCCUUGCCUCAAAGAACAAUAACUAAAUAUUUCAAAUUGACAAACUUUAAAAAAUAUCCUCAUUUACAGUUAUAUGAUUCUAAAGGCUCCGUAAGAGAGUUCUAAUGUUACGAUGACAAAGUGCUCAACAUACCACCAGCUUAUAAUUAGAUAAUUUCACAAGUACAUACUCUGAAUAAUUAUUAUAGUCUAUGGAUAAUGAUUGUUAAUCUGAUAAUGAGCAAGUUGAAUCUGCAGUCAGAUAACUUAGCUACUUUCUCGAAUCUACUUUAAAUUAAUACAAAUAAUAACACUCUUAAUGA